AUGGACAACCUGGACGGCCUGGAGAGCGCCCUGUGGGAAGCCCAUGGCCGCGAGGCUCGGGCGGUGGCGCUCUUAGAGACGCGGAAUCUGCGGGCGCACAAUGAGCAGCUGACACAAGUGGACCCGACAGCCUUCACCACCGCAGUUGGAGACGGCGGCGGCAGUCGCGAAGACAAAGUGGAACAUGAUGAGCCGCCGCCUAUGACAACGACAGAUUCUGUAGAGAUACGACCAUUGGCAGGGGCGGCGGCACCUGAGGCGAGUACACGGUCGUCAGAGACCAUCGAUAUUCCUACUGCUACCCUUCCGACCGUUGCCGAGUGUCUGCAAGAAGCAGGGCGACAAGGAGAAGCACAGACAGAAGACGGUCAGAAGGGGCAAAGAUUCCGACACGAAAGUUUGCCAGGAACUCGUCAUGAGAAGUUGCAACUGCCAUUCGCCGCGAUGAGAACGGCGGCAUCGGCGGUGGCGACAGCGGUGACAGGGGCGGUGGUGGUGGAUCGUACACGAAGCAACAGGGAACUGGUUGGGCUCAGAAGCGACCUGGGUAGGCACCUUGCAGCGGUGGCGCACGUCGUCGACCGAGGCCGGCACUUGAAGGAAGCCACCAGGGUCAUGCGCGAGAUAGAUAAACUGGAGGCUCGGGACAAAGCGGAGGUCGGGGCCAACGCUCGGGGAGGACUCGGAACCAUCAACCUGGAGACGGCCACCCUCCUGCAGAAGCAAGCGCAAGCGAAGGAGGUUCAAGCAGACAAGCAUCAUCGGCUGCGGCGGGCUCUCGAGAGCUUGGGAGUCGAGGAGCUUCGCCUCCUGUCCGCCCGACAGAAGGGCUCCCUCGGUCGUCUCGCCGCUCACAGCCGAGAGAGAACACGCCGCCGGCAGAUGGAACUCCGCGGCAAGCUGGCGGCAGUCAAGCGCUCCAUCGCGCGCGAGUGGAGAGAACACAACAGAAGCCAUUGCCGCCGCAGUGGCGGCCUGUUGUCUAGUGAUGAUGUAGAUGAGGGCGCCAGUCGGAAAAGGAGGGCCGCAACAGGCCGUGGAGGCGGCGGCGGCGGCGGCGGUAGCGUGGUGCCUUCAGCGGGUCAACAUCAAGAUCCUGUACACGGGAAGAAGCGCGGCGGCGGGGACACGGGAACAGACGUGUCCGAUGUCGGCGAGAGAGAGGCCGAGGUAGGUACGAUAGAGGGAGGGGAAGGAGACGCAGGUAUUGAAACGGGAGGAGGCACCGAGAGGGGGGCGAAAGAGGCGGGAGCAGGACCUGGAAAGGGUGAAGGACCAGAUGGAGGAAUAUCGGCCACAGGCGUUAACCUCGUGCUCUCGGGGAACCACGAGCCGGAUGACUUGGAGUGCACCACUGGUACGCUACCCCUCGAUACUGUCUCUGCAGCUGCGGUCGAAGAAAAGUCUGAAGAUGGAACAGGAACAGUGCCCGAUCUCGAAUCCGGCACAAACAAGGCACAAGCUGAAGUUCGGACAGCGGUGCCGGCGACACAGCCAAAUCAGCCUCCAGCACCCACCGCGGGGUUCACCAUUAGGGCUAGCAAGGACCGCGGAGAACGGCGGCUGCGAACAAGACGAAAGCGGGUCGCCGCCCGUGCUGCAGCCGCGUAUCUUGCGUCCGCCGCGGACACUUCUUUGUCCAAAGACACUGCUAACGAUGCCCUUACUGCUGGUGGUGGGACUUUCAGCGUCCUGAGCGAGGAGGAAGCACAGGCUCUUGCGGCACUUGGAAGGGGGGCUCCGAGCGAUGCCCGUCUACUGCUUUUGGUAUCCUCGCCGUCCCCAGCGCGGGACGGUCCGCAGCAGCAUCAAUUUGAGUCGUCAUCAAGGGCCUACCAAGGCUUAGUGUUGCACGAGGAGAGUGAGCAAACUGCCGAAGUGCAACGUGAUGGCUCCGAGAUCGGUGACUACCAUGGCAAUGGAGACGGUGGUGAUGAUGAAGUUCUCGGAGUUGGGGGCGUGAGCGGCGGCGGCACCACCACCAGUAAUAGCAUCAAGCGCGGGGGAUCUUUGGAGAAGGUGUUGGACAGCGCCAUGAACAAGCUCGCCAGGGAAAUCCAAGCCGAACACGACUUGUCGCGUCGGCAACUGGGGAUGACCCCAGUGCCAUCAUGGUGAUCAAUUGUUUUGCCAGACAACGGCGUGUUCAUGGUCGACUCACUCCUCAAUAAUAAAAUCACUAACAAAAGAGUGCCAAAUGUGUAAGGCAGUGGCCGGAUCAGUUGUCACGCCUGCAUAGCUAGCCCUGCUUGGUGGGCACGUCAUCCAUCGACCACCCUACAUGACUGCUUCGGGAUGUGUCAGCGUCCACACCUCGCCAUAGAGUCGGCUAUCAUGCGAGCCUCAUUUUCGGGCCUGAUUUCCUUCUGCAGCGCGGGUCUGCACUACCGGCACAUACACAAGCACCUCGUCGCGCACGCCAUGGGACGUAACAAGAAAAAAAUGAUGUCUCCAGAUAACAGCAGCUUGGAACAGGGCCGCGACUGCACUUGACACAAGACAGGCAAUCUAGCUGAUGUCGCUGGUAUGCACCCGUUCGGCACGUUCCAUUCCACAGGAAGGAAAGUCCUGGUCUACAAAGGAAAGUGGCCACCCCCCUGCGUGACCCUGGAUGCUGCGUCUAAAACCCCAAUGGUGAAAAGCGAAAACGUGUUUAUGGUGGAGUAGGCGGGAUGCCAGCACAUUCUUACACCACAAGGGAGCGAUAUAAACUACAGUAGCCAUGCCCAAGAUACCCGUGGUUUGCCUUUACCAUCACCUGUCAUUUGUGGUGAUGCGUGACUUUUGCAUACAUGCCCCCC